GAGAGAGCGAAUUUGGUGUUUUUUUUUAUUAUUAUUAUUAUUGUGGCUUAUACUGGAAAAUAUAGGGGUGCUGUCUCUGUCUCAUUGACAUUUAAUAGGUGUUCUGUGUCUUAUGACCUGAGGGGGGCAGCAAUGUACUGACCGUGCCUAGCCUGCCAACAACCAAGAAGAAGAAAGGAGAGCAGGGGAGUUGUUAAGUUGACCAGAGUUGUUGCUUCAGCCACGGAGCUUGAUACAUUUUCAAUUGUGUAGCAUGUCUCCUCUUUGCAGUUAGCUGGCGGUAGCAGCCGUUACCACUGUGGCUGUUAGCCGUUGGUAGUCUCAGCCGUUAGCCUGAUUCGCCGCGAUGAGCGUUCCCGUGUCGACGCAGCUGGCUGGGGUUGUGGAGUCUCUGGUCCUCGCCUCGGUGGCCGAGCUGUGGAAGCUGCUGGAAACCAGACCGGGCUUCUUGCUGCCGGCUUCAGUGCAGGCCGAGAGCCGGGACAUGGUGAUUCAGUUUGCGUCCGUCAUGGAGACGUUGGGUAACGAGGCUUUGGGAAAGAUCAUAAACAUCUUAGAUGAACUCAAGUGUCUGAAGCACAACGAGGCGACAAAAGGCUUGAAAACAUCACAGACCAGUAUCCUCAAUGUCCUCAGUGCUGUACGCCUGGAAGAUGAACACUCGUACGGAGGUGACUCUCAGACCUCUGAUGGUGUCACUCAGAUGUCUGAACCUGACCAGGAAAAUUAUGAAGAUCAGUUCAUCCUGGCGGUCACUGUGAAAGACGACAAUGACAUCAACCUGGAAGACAUUGCAGACAAAGAUGAGCAAUCAUACGGAGGCGACUCUCAGACCUCUGUCACUCAGAUAUCUGAACCUGCCCAGGAAAAUUGUGAAGAUCAGUUCUUCCUGGCCAUCACUGUGAAAGACAACAAUGGCAACAUCAACUUGGAAGACAUAGCAGACAGUGAUAAGGGUGAAGCAGCUCAACCGGUGACCUCUGACCACGCGCAGAGCGUGACCUGGAAAGACUUCACAUGCAAAACCUGCAGCAAGACCUUCACAACACACACAGACUUGAAGUCCCACCAGCGCAUCCACACGGCAGAGAAGUCGUAUUCCUGCACCUUUUGCAGCAAAACCUUCCGCCAUAAGCGCUUUAUGCAGGCGCACAUGAGCGUGCACACAGGCGAGACCCCCUUCAUGUGCACCGAAUGUGGCAAAGGCUUCUCCAGUAACAGUAAUCUCAGAACGCAUGCAAUCAUCCACACGGGGGAGAAGCCCUACAGCUGCCACAUAUGUGGCCACAGCUUCAGCCUGCUGCAGAACUUGAACCGCCACACUCGCACCCACGCUGGCACCAAGGCCUUCACCUGUCAGGUGUGCGGGAAAGGCUUCACACGCGCCGUCACGCUGAGAAGCCACGAGCUCAUCCACACUGGCCAGAAGCCCUUCAGGUGCGAGCACUGCUCCAAGAGUUUCCGAUACAGCGUCUACUUGAAGAUCCAUCAGCGGAUCCACACUGGCGAGCAGCCAUACAUGUGCGAGGUGUGCGGCAAGGCGUUCCGGCAAAAGAGCGGCUUGAUCGCUCACAGCUGGGUGCACUCAACGGAGCAUCCCUUCACCUGCUGCUUCUGCGGGAAGACGUUCAACAACCCCAACAGCCUGAAGCUGCACGUGCGUGUGCACAACGGUGAGAAGCCAUACGUGUGCGAGGUGUGCGGCAAAGCCUUCAGCCAAAAGAGUGGCCUGAACGCGCACAACUGGACGCACUCAAAAGAGCGUCCCUUCAUCUGCUGUUUCUGCAGGAAGACGUUCAACAACCCCAACAGCCUGAAGCUGCACGUGCGUGUCCACAGCGGUGAGAAGCCGUACGUGUGCGAGGUGUGCGGCAAAGCCUUUAGUCAAAAGGGCGGCCUGAACUCUCACCUGCGUACACAUUCGAAAGAUUCACCUGCUGCUUCUGCCAGUGGAUGCUCAGUGAGUCCAACAGCCUGAAGCUGCAGGUUCACAGUGUGGAAACUCACCUCAGGGGUCAAUGGUGCCACGGCCACAACACUACAUC